UGACGGACGCAAAAGCUGCAUGCGCAGUCUUCAGUUCAUGGGCUUCUCCUUAGAGAUAGAUCCAGAGGAAUUAGCCUGCUGGCUGGCUAACGUUAGUCUACGUUACAGCCCACAGAGUCUGGGGCUAGAACGUAGCUAGCUUGCUUACCAGCUGUGUUAGCUCGCUAAAACACAACUGGCAAAGCUAUUGAGUCGGCACAGCUGUUGUAAGUCGAAUAAAGUUAUAGAAUAUUGUACAUUCGCGGUUGGAUGGCCGGACAUUUCGAUCAAGUUCAUCUGGGCUGUUUUUAUUUGACUUUUAGCUACUGAGUUAGCCUUCCAAAUCUUCCACAUUGGCAGAAAUGGAGUCAUCUCUUGAAUUGACCACUUCUUUGACUGGGACGUACCCACCAUUGCGGACUCGGAUCUUCAAAAUUAUAGUUAUAGGAGACUCCGGUGUGGGUAAGACGUGCCUGACCUACAGAUUCUGUGCAGGAAAGUUUCCGGACAAAACGGAGGCCACGAUCGGGGUUGACUUUCGGGAGAAAGUUAUCGAGAUUGACGGCGAGAAAAUCAAGGUGCAGCUAUGGGACACGGCUGGCCAGGAGCGCUUCCGUAAGAGCAUGGUGCAGCACUACUACCGCAACGUGCACGCGGUGGUCUUCGUCUACGACGUCACCAACGCCACCAGCUUCCGCAGCCUGCCGGCCUGGAUCGAGGAGUGCCGGCAGCACUCGCUGGGCCAGGAGGUGCCCCGCAUCCUGGUGGGCAACAAGUGCGACCUGCGGCACGGGCUGCAGGUGGGCACCGAGGUGGCGCAGAAGUUCGCCGACUCGCACAGCAUGCCGCUCUUCGAGACGUCCGCCAAGAACCCCGACGACAACGACCACGUGGAGGCCAUCUUCAUGACCGUGGCGCACAAGCUGAAGAGCCAGAAGCCGCUGAUGCUGAGCCAGGUCCCCGGGGACGGGGGGGGUCCUGCCCCUGAGGAAGAGCGAGGAUGAGGACGAGAAGAGCUGGUCCUGCGGCUGCUGAGGGCAUCAGGGGACCGCCCCCCCCACACAACCCACCCCCCCCCCAACUUCCUUUCAAUACUCCUUUUUGUUUAAAACUCCUCUUGUUUUCCUGUCAGAAAAAGGUGACUGUGGUGAGGUGAGAGAUCUUGCACAUUCCCCGGGGGGGGGGGGCUGUUUUUAUGCCCACAGUACUGGGGGGUUAAAGGAGCUCAGUCGGGCCUGUAGCUCUGGGGACGUCUGAGUGCGCAAAAGAUGGAAAAACGGUUUCAGAGCUUCAGUGUUCUUUAUGUAAGGGUCUCCGUGGCGAUGGUUUCCUAGCAGCGGGCCACUGUAUCCGGGCUGGAGGCAGCACUGGCCCAACCCGCUCAGUCACCGUGCUUUCGAGGGGGCGGUCCCAGCACCUUCUCCCUCUUCAGGUUUCUGUUUCUGAGUGCAUCCCCUCGCUCGUCAGCCGGGGAACGUCGAAACCAGCGAGACGACCGGGGCAUAGGAAGGGCCAGGCUGAUGACCUCGCUGCGUCUGUCUUCGUAAUGUCUUCUGUGGUUGGUCUUUGUCUUGCAUUUCAAGUGAGGUUUGACAGGGAGUUGCGGGUGGGGGGGGGGG